AUGGUCCUCAAUACGCAUCCGAAGCCUUCAGGAAGUUUGCGAAAACCUAUGGCUUCUUUCAUUCCACAAGUUCACCUAGGUAUCCUCAAGCGAAUGGCGAAGCGAGGGGCAGUGCGUACUGCAAAGGAGAUUUUGAAGAAGAACCAAGACCCUUAUCUUGCCCUACCAUCGAAUCACUCGACACCCCUAAAGAAUGGUUUGUCGCCAAGCCAGCUUCUUAUGGGUCGCCGACUAAAGAUACAGCUACCCGUUCUCCCAGCUACUCUGAAACCGAAGGACUUUACUUUUGAGUUGGAGAGGGUGGUAUCCAAGGAAAGUCCUACCGUAGAGCACAGGAUACCAAUUUCAACCGUAGGCAUAGGGCAAGAGAACUGCACACCUUUGACUCUGGAGAUGCGGUAUGGGUCAAGGAUCAAAGUAAGCAAGGUGAGAUCCUUUCUUCCACUCAGUAUCCCAGAUCUUACCUUGUGA